AUGAUUUAUUACUAUCAAAAUGACAUUCCAUUUAUUGAGUUCGCUAAUAAAUUAUCAAGUAAUGGAGUGGAAUCAUCUAUAAUUAUAAUGGAUCCGGCCUUGUAUAAUUCUUCUUUUGAGUUGGAACCAAAAUUUGCAACUGUUAAGAAUACUCAUCAAAUGGAACAUGUCAACGUGAUUUUAAUUGAAAAGCUCUCUGAACUUACUGAUUUACUAGAGCAGACAAUAAGAGGUAAGCUGGGACCCUUAUUUUCUUCAUCAAUUGUUGGCAUUUUUGAUAUUUUUCUGGGAUUCUUGAGCUUCGGGACAGCUAUUGAAACUUCAUAUUUCCUAGAUUACAAAGACUAUUCAGCAAAGACGUUGAAUUACAUAUGCAACCUCCUUUAUAAUGUUUCGUAUUACAGAGGAGUGAAUAUUUACAUAUCUGAUAGAGGAAAUGAAUUGAUAACGCUUGAUGAGCCUACCUUGAUUUCUAGGCAUCCCCUAAUUUGGAAUAGUAAGCUUCCAAGUACAAACACAACCUCACUACAAAAGGAAAAUGAUAUUGAUAAUGAAUUAAAGAAAUCAGUAGUGGAAGUUCCAUUGGAAUUUGUUCUAUCAAAAUGGAUACUGGAAGUAACAUAUUUACAGUGA